UUCCUUGCUCUUUGCCAGAUGCAGCCAAGGACCCGGCACAAGGGCUGGAUCCUGCCCGUAGCUGCUGGCACUCUGUAAGCCAGAAGCUCACAAACUUCACUUGGUGUCGAGAGAUGAUCAGCAUGUUCACCAAGGGUGCAGCAGAGGCUGGCCCCACAGCCCCUCAGAGCAUACCUCCUGCUCCCAGCCUGGAUCAGUUUGGGGAGAGAGUUGUCUCCACUCCCAGUCAAGUGCCAGGCUUUGUUAGGAACAUGCACCAGAGGCUGGCGUCCAACGAGCCUCCAGACGACUGGCUGUUCAUGGACAUCCUGCGGCUGACCGAGGAACAGCCCACUGAUGUGGCAGUGACCCUGCUGCGGUGCGCCCCAACAUGUGACAGAGCUGCUGCAAUCAUGUGGAAGACCAUUGCCUCGUCAGGAACGUCAACGGAAAAGGUGCUGCCCACACUGCUGUGUGUGAUGGACGGCUGGCCCAUGCAGAAAAUGUACACAGCUGAUGGGGACAACAAGGAUGUCUUUGCCCUGGCUGCAACCAGGGUGAUUUGGGAGAUUCUCCGCCUGCCCUGGUGCCCAGAGCCAUUUGUGGAAUAUUCCCCCCAUCUCCUUGUGGCUCUGCUGUACCAAGUUUACGCCAGUACAGAGCAGAUGUCAGAAGAAGUAAAUACUUUCUGGAAGAAAUGUCAGGAGGAAAAGGGCAUUACUGCCAACCCCAACAGCUUUGUAGUGGGCACUGUGAAGUCGUUCCUGUACCACCUGCAAUGUGUGAAUUUACUGAUGGCUCUGGAACGGAAGUGUGCCUGGGACACGCUGCUGCGUGCUGAAACCCACCACUAUGCAAUGGGUCUGCUGGCCAGGGAGAUGCGCCGUGUCUGCCAACCUUUCUGCUCCUGCGUCGCACUCCGCCUGCUCUGCCGGCUCAGCCGGGAGGAGCCAAGCUGGGAAAUGGCCUCCCUGGCGUUCCUGGUGGAGGUCCUGGAUUGCCUAGAUUUGAAUGAAUGGGGUAACAACAUCCUGGAGAUCUUGACCAAGCACCUGCUGAGCGAGUCCAUGGAGAUGCGACGCCUGGCCCUCAGAGGCCUCGUGAUGCUCAGCAAAGACCCCUCAAUGGCCAAAAAAAUGUGCAGCCUGUCUGAACCCCUCAUGGAUUUCCUGAGGAAUGAAGACAUAGAGGUGGUCAAGAUGAGUCUGUCUGUGUUCACAAAUAUACUCGUGAACAAGGAUAUCCUAACAUCCUGCCCCACAGCCCCCAAACUGGCUGCCGCGCUCCGGCCCCUCUUUGACAGUGACAACAAUCAAGUGCAGUGGCUCUCCAUUGGCCUCUACAAAGAUGUGAUGGAAUCAGUAGUGGAAAGGGGAAAACAGGCCCUGAAGCCUCUUGUGAACGAGAGCCUGCUUCCUCUCUUCUUCCACUGCUACGACGAGAACCGGCGUGUGGCACAGACCUCUCGGGAAACGCUGCUCUCUGCAGUAAAGUUCCUGAAGAGAAGGGAUCUCAGACAGCUGCUCAAGUUGGAUGACCCGUGGAGCUUCGCCGAGCACGUGCUGGCAGAGGACAGGAGCCGAGCGGCCGAGCACCUGCGCCAGGCCCUGCCCUACCUACAGAGCCCACAGGAGCCCGUGCGGGAGGCGGCCGUCAGAUCCAUUGGGACCGCCGGGAUGCUCAUGAGAGGACAGCGGGAGGAGCUGCAGCUCAUCUGUGAGGCCCUUCAAGCCCUUAACACAGAUGAGAGCCCUUCCAACACAAACCUGAUUGUUCAAGUCAUGUUGGAUGAAAGAGCUACAUCACUAAGUUCAUCUUCUGGAUCGAAACAACCAGGACAGCAGCAGAUGCCAUGCAGGAGGAAACAAGCUGGAGAUCAGAGGGGAGAAGCUGGAGCUCCAGGCCCAGCUAAUGCUGGGCAAGUCUGAGCUCACCUUCCCUCUUUACUGGUCCUGCUGCCCUCAGAACCUGCCUGUUCCCUUCUCCCAAGCUUUGCCAUUAAUAAACAUUUCAGCUUCUUCACCUCAUUGGUAUCUUUGU